GACCGUAGGAAGUCAUCCCCGAUGCCAACUCACCCAUUCUGCUCACUUUACAAUUUACUUACGUGCGCGUAAGCCGUAGUCUCAGCAAACCAUGGCCGACGCCUCCAUUCUCCUCGUGCUCCGAAUCAUGACUGCAUUGUCGUCGUUGAUGGUCUCGCUGAGUCCGUCCUUCUCCAUCUACAAGAUCUACAAGAGCAAGACUGUCGAUAACAUCUCCAUCGUUCCGUUCGUCUCGCUGCUGGGCAACGCACACAUGUGGAUGAUGUACGGCUAUUUCUGCGGUAAGAUAUUCCCCGUUGUCGUCUCCUUUGGCUUCGCCGACUUUGCGGCAAUUGCCUACAUCUCCGUGUACUACAAGUUCGCCGAAAAUCGCGAGUAUGUGCUCCAAAUCGUCAGCGGUGCCGUCUCAAUACUCACAGCUAUCACGUUGUACGUCGCCAUCGCAGCAACCGGUGCUACAGGCCAAGACUACACGAGCAUUAGCCACGUACUGGGCUACUUGAGUAUUGUUGCAGCUAUCAUUCUAUACGGCGCGCCGUUCGAGAAGGUUUUGUUUGUUCUACGUAACAAGAGUGCGACGCCCAUCCAGCUACCAAUGGUUAUCUGCGGUGCGGCAAUCAAGGCCUUGUGGGUUAUCUACACACCCCUGGAUAGUAACUGGUUCAUGUUCAUCCCUAAUGCCAUCUGUGUCGUGCUCGGUAUCGUGUUGCUGACGCUGUAUGUACUGUACCGACCGGGUAAGGUCGUUCAGCCCACCGUAGACCUUUCAGAUGAAGACAUCGCCAUCACAAUUGUCGUCUCAUCCAAGGCUGAAACCCACAAUAAGGUCGCGAAUGAUUGCCGGAGCGUACAACCGAUGCCAUCACCGCUGCUUCCAUUGAGCCGAGAAAACUCUUUCCAGCUCAGUUCGCCGUCGAUGAGUCGUGGUAGCUCCUUUCAGCAAAUGAGUUCACCCGCGCUUAGCACACGAAGCGGCUCGUUCUACAGUAGCUCGUUUGAUCGCAACUCCACGGUUGGUGUCGUGCAUGUUAUUCGCGCUUCGCGGCAGUAA